UCAACUCGAUCUAGCUCAUUGUGUAAUAAUCGAAAGGGUAAUGGCUGAAGUAGUGAGGUCUAGUAGUCCUGAAGCUGGAAGUGGUAGAGCUGCGCAAGACCGAGAGUUGAUCCCGGCGAGGCGAGACGUGGAGGAGGAAAUUUCGUAUUCUACUCAGGAUGCGCACGGUACCUCCAUGAAACUUCAGAGGGCUAGGGAAGCUUACAAAGCGUAUGCAGGGGUUGAAGAGAAGCCUAAGAAGGUGGAGGUUUUGAGUUGGUAUUUCUAUGAGCUGUGCUCUCACUUCGUUCUUACAGUUCUUGUUCCUAUCGUCUUCCCGCUCAUCCUGUCCCAAAUUAUAAAGCUGCCGGAGAGUUGGGAUACCUUGAGCCCCAAGAGCGGUGCCACUUGCACUCACAAGGAAAUUAACCUGUACCUUCGACUCACAAAAAGGACAAUACUCUCCAAAUACUCUCCCCUAGAAUGGACUUCAAUUUCUUGGGCUAUAGGUCUAGCUAUAGCUUCUCCAUUCCUUGCUUUUGUUCCCAUCGUCCUUGACCAUGGCUACAACCAACCCAUCAUUGCCGUAGCCUCCAUAGCGAUGGGGUCAAUCUUUUGCCUUCCAGCUGGUUCAUUCAAAAAUAUAUGGAUCUUCCCACCAUACAUUGCAGCCAUAGUAGCUUCAAGCGUCAUCGCCACCGCCUGCCACACCCGCCACCUCGGUCUAAUGGUUCGAGGCUUCACUGGACCAACUCUUCACAAGUCCCAAUUCCCAUCUCGAAGAGCAGUCAACUCUUGGCUCUCCCUCUACGCAGCCGCCGCAGGAUCCUUGGGCUCAGCAGUCAUCUCAUCAUUUACUUACCGUAUGCUUAAAGAAAAGGAGGAGGUAUUGAGCCUUUGGAUUGUUUCAAUCUUUAGUGGCAUUAAGUGGCUUUGUGGGAUAUUCCACUUUCUCGUCACUAAUAGACCUUGUAUCAGCACACCAGUAUCAUCAAACUCCCGUCACGCCCUUUCUAUUUUCAAGUUUCCUCAUGCACUUGGAACCCUAGCUGGGAUUUUUGUCUCCUCAUUAACAACCAUGUGCCUUUUCACUGGAGGAGUGCUCUACCUAGUUGGAGAACUAUGCUACAAACCAAAAUCUUUGCUCUACUUCUGGCUAACGUAUUUCAUCUCCCCUUUGAUUUCCCUCCCACUGUUACAUCCCCUGCAACAAGUCAUAAAAGGUGACGCUGUGAAAAUGCAACUUCUGGGCUUCUUUUUAUCUGCAGCAACUUCCGGGUUUGGAUUCUAUUUCCGGGGCUCACCUUGGCACCAACACCAUGUUUUGUUCUUUGCCGUUCUUCAAAGCACAUCUACUGGGCUGUUACACGCUUACGGACGAGUUCUGUUGAUGGACUGUUCUCCAUCUGGGAAAGAAGGUGCAUUCUCUACAUGGUUCUCAUGGACGAGAGGUCUUGGCAUGUGUGUAGGGUUCGCAAUUGCAUCAUCGUUUCCAGGAAAUGUAAGGACUUCUUUUGGGCUGUCAUUUGGUACUACCAUCUGUGGAAUGGUGAUUCUGAUUUUUGGGAACAUCAGUGAUUUUGGAGGAGCCAAAGCUGCAGGGCAUGUGAGAGGGGACAAGUAUGAUCAUCAAGCAUCACCUGUUACUGGCCUUGAUACUGCUUAUGAGGUUGAAGAACCAGUACUGCAAGGGCCAUAGGCAAAAGAAGAGAGCAAAAAUAUGUACAUCCUGAAAAUUUCAUAUAGGUCCUUGAAAUAACAUUGUUUUUUUGUUUGGGAUAGUCUGAACUAUUUGUUCUGUUGAUAAUAGGUCAAAUGACCAACUGUCCAUGUUACAUUUAUUUCACAUAUUGCAUGUCGACUAUUUUUG